CUAGAGAGAGAGGAUAUAAUACCGUAGAAGAGGACCACUCUGGCGAUAAGGGAAAGCAGAGGGAACGCAAACGCAAAAAAACCAAAACAAAAAAACUGCUGAUAAAUAUAAAAGGACACUCCGACCCCGUAUUACAUAAGUCACAUUUUUCAGCCUACAAUCUUGUUUCUCAGGUCAAGACGUCCCGAAUAAGAGCUCACGAAAGAGGAGAUGAUAUGUUGACCCAGACCCGGCUUCUGCUCAGACUGCCCCAGUGUAGUAGGGUGUGGAGUGUGGACCGUGGCCCGUUCAGCUGACACUGUAACUCACACCGUGGGCUGUGGAGCUGGAGUAGGAGGGAGGUACAUCGGAAGGAGCGAUGGAGAGAGUGGAGAAGGAGAGGUGGAGGGAUGCAGAGAGAACAGCUGGCCAGUGGAUCAACCGCGGGGAGGAGGAGGAGAUGGUGAGGGCCAUGCACCCCAACAGCCAUCCUUCCAAUCCUCCGUUCAUUCCAUCAGAGGUGUGUGGCUUUGUGCCGUGUGCUUGGCGGCUGUGUGUGCUGGCUGUGGGCUGCGUGCUCUCGGGGGGUCUGCUGGCCCUGCUGCUGCUCUGGGUGCCCCAGUGGAGCGUCCGCUGGGCCUGCACCCCUGCACCCCUGCACCUGGCGUCUGUGCUGUUACUGCGCACCACUGAUGAGUUUGGCCAGUACUUCCGGGUUUGGGUGCAGACACUGCAGGCUGCUGGGGUGGACCCCCUUGGGCUGGGUGCAGCAGGAGAGGAAGCAGAGGUGGGACAGAGCUUUAGCAAGGGACUGCUGGAUAGUGCACAACCUCAACAGGUGCGGUGUUUCUGCCUUCAGUCAGUGGUGUAUGUGUGGAGCGCCGCGUCCCAGGGCUUCGCCCGGCUCACUGCUCUGGACUGCGGCGUCCCAGUGACAGACUUCUACUGUCGGCAUAGCGCCGGACUUCCGCCAAGUGCACAGCAAUAUAGGAGGCUGUUCUAUGGAAUCAAUCAGAUUGAAGUGAAAGUGCCUUCUAUUCCUAAGCUACUCGUCAAGGAGGUGCUCAACCCUUUCUAUCUCUUCCAAGUCUUCAGUGUUAUCCUCUGGUCUCUGGAUGAUUACUAUUACUACGCCUCAGCUAUCUUAAUGAUGUCACUGCUAUCUGUCUGUACCUCACUGUAUACUGUCCGUAAGCAAUACAUCCUGCUCCAUGACAUGGUGUCUGCCCACAAUGUGGUGAGGUGCACCAUCUACAGAGGAGACCAAGACACUGAGGAGAUCCUUUCAACGGACCUAGUACCUGGUGAUGUCAUGGUAAUCCCAGCCAAUGGCAUGAUGAUGCCCUGUGAUGCAGCUUUAAUAGGCGGGACCUGUAUUGUUAAUGAGAGCAUGCUGACAGGGGAGAGUGUGCCAGUGACCAAGACCCAGUUGCCGCUGUCCCCCUGUGGUGGUGGCCCAGAUGGUGCCCUCCCAGAGCCCCUGUAUGACCCAGAAGAACAUCGCAGACACACCCUCUUCUGUGGUACACAGGUUAUCCAGACACGCUACUACAGCGGAGAAAGGGUGCGAGCUGUGGUCGUCCGCACAGGGUUCUCCACAGUGAAGGGGCAGCUGGUCAGGUCCAUCCUGUACCCAAAGCCUUCGGACUUCCAGCUCUACCGAGAUGCCAUUCGCUUCCUGCUGGGGCUGGUGUGUGUAGCGGCCGGGGGCAUGGCCUACUCCAUCUACAUCAGCGCUUCCAUGGGGGAGUCAGUGGGGCGCAUCCUGGUGGAGGCCCUGGACAUCAUCACCAUCACGGUGCCACCAGCGCUGCCGGCCGCCAUGACCGCCGGGAUUGUGUACGCCCAGCAUCGCCUGCGGCAGAAGGGCAUCUUCUGCACCAGCCCCCAGAGGAUCAACACCAGCGGUCAGAUCAACCUGGUCUGCUUUGACAAGACUGGCACUCUGACUGAGGAUGGUCUUGACCUGUGGGGAAUCCAGACAGUUCAGGACAAUAGGUUCAGUCCUCCAGAGCAGGAGGUAGCAACAGAGGGCCAGCCUCAUUCUCCCUUCCUCAUUGCCAUGGCGUCCUGCCAUUCCCUGACCCGCAUUGAGGGACAGUUGACUGGAGAUCCUCUGGAUAUCAAGAUGUUUGAGGCCACAGGCUGGGUUCUGGAGGAGCCAAGCCCCGAUGAGACCUCCAACCAUGACCUCAUCAUGCCCACCGUGGUCCGGCCCACUAAACCUUACCCCCUGGAAACACCCCCAUGUCAGGAGCAGGACCCGGAUAUCAGAGAACUGAUGGGGCGAUACGAGGUGGGGGUGUUGGCUCAGUUCCCGUUCGCCUCCGGGCUGCAGCGCAUGAGCGUGGUGACUCGUGUCCUGGGGGAGCGCAGACUGCGGGCCUACCUCAAGGGGGCGCCAGAGACUGUGGUGCGUCUGUGCCGCCCAGAGACAGUGCCGGGGGAUUUCUGGGAGGUUCUAGACAGCUACACGCGUCAGGGUCUGAGAGUGAUCGCACUGGCUCAUCGGCAGCUCGAACCCAAGCUCACCUGGCACCGCCUGCACACCAUCAACCGUGAGGUGAUCGAGUGUGAGAUGGAGUUUCUGGGUCUGCUGAUCCUGCAGAAUAAACUGAAGCCCCAGACAGUACCGGUGCUGGCCGAACUCCACCGAGCCAACAUCCGCACCGUCAUGGUAACAGGUGACAGCAUGCUGACAGCGGUCUCCGUGGCUAGGGAGUGCGGUCUCAUCCCAGCCCACUCGCAGGUCAUCAUCACCGAGGCCCAGUCCCCUCGGGAGGGCCAGCCAGCCACCGUGUCCUGGAGCUACAGCCAGGACAGCCCCCACACGCAACGCCCGCUGUCCCCCGCUGCUCCUCAGGAGAGCCGGGUCAGCGUGGGCCCACAGCCGCCCCCCGCCCCGCCCAGCUACCACUUCGCCAUGAGCGGCCGCACCUUCGCCAUCAUCCUGGAGCACUUCUCCGAGCUGCUGCCCAAGUUAUUACUGUGUGGGACAGUCUAUGCCAGAAUGGCCCCAGACCAGAAAACACAGCUUGUGGAAGAGCUGCAGAAAGUGGACUAUUAUGUGGCAAUGUGUGGAGAUGGAGCCAACGACUGCGGGGCACUGAAGCGAGCCCACACAGGGAUCUCUCUCUCAGAGCUGGAGGCCUCUGUGGCCUCUCCCUUCACCUCUCGAACCCCAGACAUCUCUUGUGUGCCACACCUCAUCAGGGAGGGAAGGGCGGCUCUAGUGACAUCUUUCUGUGUGUUCAAGUUCAUGGCCCUCUACAGUAUUAUCCAGUACCUAUGUGUGCUACUUCUCUAUUCUAUCCUCAGUAAUAUGGGAGAUUCUCAGUAUCUGUUCAUCGACAUCGGCAUUAUCAUGUCUUUGGCUUUUACCAUGAGCCUCAGCCCCGCCUGGACUGAGUUAGUGGCACAGCGCCCCCCCUCCUCCCUCCUCUCUCCCUCUCUUCUGCUUUCCGUCAUCGGGCAGAUCUUACUGGCCCUCUCCUUCCAGACGGCCACCUUCCUGCUGGCCCACACAUACUCCUGUGAACCUGCCCAGAAUGAGACUCACCCCUCUGAUUGGUUGGUUGGGAACCUAUCAGCGAUGACAGCCAAUGGGAGCGGGAUGCUGAUGACUGAUGAAGAGGAGGACGAGUCUCACAAUAUCCAGAAUCUGCAGAAUACCAGCCUCUUCUUUGUAUCCGGCUGCCAGUACCUCACUGUAGCCCUGGUCUUCAACAGAGGACCUCCAUUCAGACAGCCCCUCUACACCAACUAUCUGUUUGUGCUGUGCAUCCUGUCCUGCUAUUGUUUCUUGGUUGUCAUAUUGCUAUAUCCUGUACCAGCCCUGCAGGACUUCUUUCAGCUGGUCUGUAUACCUAUGGAGUGGCGGUUGACGCUGCUGGGCCUGAUUGUUGUAAACUUGAUCCUGGCCUUCACACUGGAGAGCAUUAUCAUAGACUGCAAGGAGAUAUGGCAGAGGCAGUGCACUGGUCAAAAGCUACAUGAUCCACACACUGACACGCACUGCUCACAGAUGGAAGUGGACGGAAUGUCACUGCAGCGGAGUCCCCAUGGUAGCUGUUGCCAUAGUUCCCACCCUCCCCGAGCCCGAUACCAGCGUCUGGCUCAAGAGCUCCUGCUGGACCCUGGCUGGCCUCCCCAUCCUAGCUCUAAAGUAAAACCUCCUUCCUGCCCUGAAAGUAGCAUUGUGCAAGGCCAGGCACCUCAGACAACUCCACUCUGACUAGCUGUGGCCAUGGAGGCGGGACAGAACCCGGAAAAGUGGUGGAAAGGCUUAAAUGCUUUCUUAAUUGUGCUUGUGAUUCAGUUUUUAGCGGGAGUGACUAUAUUUGAUUAGUAUCCUUACCGAUAUUGUGCCAAAAUUCCAAAAACGAUCCCUAAAAUACUGUAAUUUAAUGAAGGAAAAGCCCCCCUCGUCUACAACAGUUUAAAUAAAUACCGGAAUUACUCUCAGGUCAAUAUUUUGAUCUUUAAAGGAAAGGUGCCAAAUCUGUAAUCUGUGGAGUUUCAUCCGACUAUCAGUAUUUAAUGUGAAUAGGAGGGUAAUCCCUGCAGCUAUAGUAACACUGUGUGUGUGUGUGUGUGUGUGUGUGUGUGUGUGUGUGUGUGUGUGUGUGUGUGUGUGUGCGCGCGCGCGAGAGAGAGAGAGAGAGAGAGAGAGAGAGACAAACAAGUAAAUGAACAAACUAAAUGAAUGAAGCUGAAAAAGAACAAAGGCAAUCCUCCUAAAUGUGCUCUAUGUAAACAGUGUGAGUUCCCAUACAUCUGUCAUAGCCAUCCAGAUGUGUCUAAUUAAUUCUGUUCUAGUGAGUCGAGGAGAAGAGUUAGCUUUGAAACCAUUGUGUAUUUCCAGUUAUGUAUAUAACUGAAACACAGCACAGUUUUGUAGUAUGAAUUUCUUAUGAAGAUUUCAGAGUGGUUUUCACUUUAAAUCAGCAUUUCUGUUGAACAGACUUGCUGCCUAAACAUUUUCUCCUUAUUGCUUUAAACCUGUUUCUUUUAGCAUGUACCAGUAUGUAUAUUUGGGCAAACAUGCAAUCUAAUAUAUGUAUAUGUAUAUAAGAAGGCCUGAGGUGACAUCAAUAAAUUUGUAACUUAUGAACCAA